AUGGAAACAUUAUUUUGGUCAUCAUUUGGGAUUAUCAUUCUGGAACAAUUAGAUAUCGUCGAAUCACAUGGGCCAACCAAAUGGACAGGUCAAACAAUACUUGGCUGUUAUUGUUGUUGCUCGGUGAUCGUCCUUCUCAAUAUGCUUAUCGCAAUGAUGAGCAAUUCAUAUCAGGAUAUCUUUAAUCAAGCAGAUGUUGAAUGGAAAUUUGCUCGAAGUAAACUUUGGAUUGAAUACUUCGAUGAUACAGCGACACUUCCGCCACCUUUCAAUAUGAUUCCCAGUCCGAAAAGUCUAUUCUAUUGUGUUCAGUGGUGUUUAGAAAGUAUUUAUCAGUCAAAUCGAACUGUUGGUUAUAAUUCUCGCACUAUAAGG